AUGGCGAUGAUGACUAUGCGACGCGCGGUGGCGCUCGGUGCCCGCCACAUCCCCGCCGCCGCAACCGCUUCCUCCCGCGUCGUCCCCCUCCGCCACAUGAGCGCGGACGCGGGCGCCGCGAUGGAGAAGAUCCGCGCCGCCGGGCUGCUCAGGACGCAGGGGCUCAUCGCUGGGAAGUGGGUGGACGCCUACGACGGAAAGACCAUCGAGGUGCAAAAUCCAGCAACCGGCGAGGUCCUUGCAAACGUGCCCUGUAUGGGCAGCAGAGAAACAUCUGAUGCUAUUGCUUCUGCUCACAGUACAUUCUAUUCUUGGAGUAAACUCACUGCAAGUGAGAGGAGCAAGGCACUAAGAAAAUGGUACGAUCUAAUUAUUUCACACAAGGAAGAGCUUGCACUUCUCAUGACACUGGAGCAGGGGAAACCUAUGAAAGAAGCCCUGGGUGAGGUCAAUUAUGGUGCAAGUUUCAUAGAAUAUUUUGCAGAGGAAGCAAAGCGUAUAUAUGGUGAUAUCAUUCCCCCAACUUUAUCUGAUCGCAGAUUGUUGGUUCUGAAGCAGCCUGUUGGGGUAGUUGGAGCUAUUACACCAUGGAAUUUUCCAUUAGCAAUGAUAACCCGAAAGGUUGGACCAGCUUUGGCCUGUGGCUGCACUGUUGUUGUCAAGCCAUCAGAGUUCACACCUCUGACAGCAUUAGCUGCAGCAGAUCUUGCUCUUCAAGCGGGAAUACCAGCGGGUGCACUAAAUGUUGUGAUGGGUAAUGCUCCUGAGAUAGGUGAUGCAUUACUGCAGAGUACACAGGUCAGAAAGAUUACAUUCACUGGAUCAACAGCUGUUGGCAAAAAACUGAUGGCUGGAUCUGCAAAUACUGUGAAAAAGGUCUCCUUGGAACUCGGUGGGAAUGCACCUUGCAUUGUUUUCGAUGAUGCAGACAUUGAUGUUGCUGUUAAAGGCAGUCUUGCUGCCAAGUUCCGUAACAGUGGACAGACAUGUGUUUGCGCAAACAGGAUAUUGGUGCAAGAAGGUAUCUAUGAAAAGUUUGCAACUGCAUUCAUCAAGGCUGUUCAGAGUUUGAAGGUUGGUAACGGGCUAGAAGAGAGUACAUCUCAGGGUCCUCUGAUUAACGAAGCUGCUGUUCAAAAGGUGGAGAAGUUUAUAAACGACGCUACUUCAAAGGGAGCAAAUGUCAUGCUAGGUGGUAAAAGACACAGCCUGGGGAUGUCAUUUUAUGAGCCAACUGUAGUAGGGAAUGUCAGCAAUGAUAUGCUUCUUUUCAGAGAAGAAGUUUUUGGUCCAGUUGCACCCCUUAUACCAUUCAAAACUGAGGAAGAAGCAGUCCAUAUGGCCAACGAUACAAACGCAGGCUUAGCUGCAUACAUAUUUACCAAGAGCAUACCUCGUUCAUGGCGUGUAUCUGAAUCUCUUGAAUACGGCUUAGUUGGGGUAAACGAGGGAAUUAUUUCAACAGAGGUGGCACCAUUCGGUGGAGUAAAGCAAUCUGGUCUAGGGAGAGAAGGAUCGAAGUAUGGCAUCGACGAAUACUUGGAGCUCAAGUACAUCUGCAUGGGCAACUUGGGUUGA